CGCCCCUUUUCGUACAUUGACCAAUCAGCAACGAACUGCUGAUCGUUUGGGGCUUUUUUCACAGACUGAGCUGCUGCUGCUGCUUUAAUAUGCAGUGAGCACCAGAGCGGGCAGGUAAAACACCGGGUGUAAUUUUAGUGUGAGGUCUCUGGAUCAAAGUUUCAUCUGAUCUGCAGGUAGAUCAUUUAUUAGUAGUAUUAUUAAUUUGUUCUGCUGCAAGGAUCUGCCUCUUUAGUGAUGGCAAGACGAAAUGGGAGGAAGAAGAACCAGCUGCCAGACCUUUACUAUGAGGGUUACAUGGAGAAAAGGUCCUUCAAAGAUAAGACAUCUCGGAAGCUGUGGACCUGCUUGUGUGGGAAAACGCUCUUUUUCUUCAACGACAAAAGAGACGAAGAUUACGUAGAGAAGCUGGACCUGUGUGGACUGAUCUCGGUGACGGACGACAGCAGCCCAGAUCCCAACUUGGACGCGGCCAGAUUCAACGUUCAGAUGACAAAGGAAAACAUCAAAUUUACUGCCCCAAAUGCAGAGUCUCGGGAACUUUGGAAGGGAUUUAUCCACUGUGUGGCUAAGCUGGAGGUACCCCUCACCCUGAACCUUCUGCCGGGUCAGAUCCACAUCCUGAGAGAGACGGUCCAAAAGGAGCAGGAGAGGCUGACGAAUCCAGAACCAAAGCCGAGUCCUCCUGCUGCUGUCAAAACAGAAAUGCCUGCUUGCUACUACGAGGUGCCUUAUCUGGAGGCCGAGCUGCUGCUGGAGAGAGAAGCCAGCAAAGGAAACCUGCUGCUACGACCUGGGAAGCAGAAGGGCUCCUUCGCCAUAACCACCAGACAGGAUGUUGAGAGGCCGAUUUUCCGUCAUUAUCGCAUACUUCCAAAACCAGAGGGAGGCUUCUACAUUGCUGUGGACAAACCUGUCCACUUUGACUCGCUGCAUGACGUGGUCGCCUACAUGGUGGAAAAAACCGACGGGUCUUUCACUCCCCUCAACAUCGAGGCUCAUUACGACAAGAACAUCUCUUUUAUUGCAACUGAUAAGGAAAACGGGGAGAGGACCCAGCAGCCUUUGCGGCCACCAGAGGAUCCCAUCCCAGUUACUGUAAAAGCGAGGAAUGACGAACCAGUCAAAAAUCCAGAACCAGUCAAAAAUCCACCUGCUGCUGAUAAGAGGGUGGAGAAAGCAUCUGUGACGGAUGGCUGCUCCUCUGGCGAAACUCGACCGGUACCAGGACCGAGGAAACUACCUCCAUGUCCAGCUCCACGAACAUCUGCCCCAACUCCACCGGCUGCCAAACCCGCUUGCCCUACAAAUGCUCCCGAGAAGCCCAGGAUACUCUCAAAUCCAGAAAUGGAGAAGCAGAUUCUUCCCGCAGCUUUGUCGGAGCUGAAACAGAGACUGGGGCAGAAGACCAAGCUGCUUGCUUAACUUCUUCUACAACCAUCCUGGUGGACAGAAACACAACGGAGCCACAUGCAGAUCUGUUCCUGCACGAUGUCAAACGGGAGUCUUCCUCCUCCUCCUCGGUUAGCUGUCUGCAGCAAAGCCUCUCUGCAGAUUAACACUGGAUUGAUUUGCCUCCUCUGGACAUUUAUUAGCAAAUCAAUCGACUGUGAAGAUGGUUGGACAAAUUAUCUUCUCGUUUCUCUUGUUCAUUUUGCACUUUAGCUAUCGACUAAGCCGCCUCAGACUUUCCGUUAGUGUUUUUUUUUUUUUUUUUCCCCUCUUACUCUUAGAAUCAAAUGAUGAGCGAUUUAUUUUCACGUACUUUCACACAGCGACGCACACAGUAUUGUAUUAAUACUGUCUGAAAUCCGUGUGCAAAAACAGAAAAUGUGACAGAAAUAAGGGAUGGGAUUCACUUAUUUCAGCUUUUUUCUCUCUCUGAAUGUAAAGAGUAAAACUCUUUGUCUCAUCAGCUUUGAUAUGACAAACUUCUAGUAUGUGCCAUGCAACAUAUAUAAAAUAUUUAAAGUGAAUCAAUCACUUGUAUAGUUUAUAAUCCAUUUUCACAUUUACCUUAUUUUUUUUGUGUUAUAGCUUCAACUUCUCUGUUGUCUGGGAGGAAAAAAAAAACCCAACCACAGACAAAAUGUUCUCACUCGUUUAUUACCUCAAUUACUGAUACACUAUAGUGGAAAAAUUAAACUAUUUACAAUAACUUGUGACAUGUUGUCAGCAUGUGAAAUAAAGUGUAAUUAUCUCUGUAAAGCAAAGCAGGCUACAUUUACCCAGGAAGAGAUGAACUAGAACACCGACCAUUCGAAACGCACAACAUGGAUGUCGCGGCACAGAGCUGAAGACGUGUCCGACCCGAGGUUCUGAAUCACGUUUCGAUUCAGAACCUCUGCGUGAAAAGCCUUGAAACAAAGUCACUCUCUUAUUUUACGAGCUUGUUUUUAUCGCUGAAAUGUCAAAACUUUCCUUUUCAGUACAUU